AUGGAUCAUCUGGCAGUGAUGAACAUUCACCCAUGGAACUACAGCCUCCCCUGGGCGCCGCCCGCCAGCCCUCCUGCUCGCUGUGUCACGCCCCCGCGGAUGUCUUACAAAGCCAAGGCCUUCACCAUCGACGCCCUUCUGGGACAUCACACUGAAAAGGAUCUUCCUGCCACAACUGCCUCCCCGCCUGCAUCUCCGCUCUCUCUCCUCCAGCAGGAGUCUUAUGACACCGCCCUCAGGGACGCCCCCGGAAAGCUCAAGCGGCAUCGCACAGUGUUCACAGACUCGCAGCUUCAGCGACUGGAGGAGGAGUUCCAGCGGCAGCAGUACCUGGUGGGCCCCGAGCGGAAGCAGCUUGCGAACCAACUUCAGCUGAGUGAUUUACAACUGAAAGUGUGGUUCCAGAACCGACGCAUCAAGUGGCGCAAGAACCAGUUCAACGCGGGUGAGGAACAGAACACUUGUCUGUCUCCAGAGCCAUCAGAACAACAGGAAAAAUGA